GAGGUUAAACCGAGUUAGGUGGAGGCAAGCGAAGGUAAACCGGAGUACACUGAAGCACACGGAGGUGAGAUAAAGUAAGCCGAGGGAGACUGCGGUAAACGGAAGAAAGUUGAAAUAAACCGAGGCAAGCGGAAUUAAACAGAGAGCUGAUAUUUGAGGAAGUGUUUUUAUUAAUCCAAGAAAAAGAUGAUGUAUACAUCCCAAGAAUCACUCUUGCUCUUAAAUGUGUGUCUUCUCAUUUGUGGAGAAGCUGUACAGGGCAGCUGCGUUCCUCAUUCUACGGAUUCUUUAGUAGGUAACAAUGUGGAAGAUAAAGCUAAACUCAAAGAGAAAAGUCAAAGUAAUGAUACUGUAUACAAGGAGAAUUGUAGAGAAUCAUGUGAUGCUAAGACCAAAACAACUCGAGAAGAAAAACAUUUUAUGUGCAGAAACCUGCAAAAUUCUAUUGUUUCUUAUACAAGAAGUACCAAAAAACUAAUAAGAAAUGUAAUGGAUGAACAACAAGCAUCUUUGGAUUACUUAUCUCACCAGGUUAAUGAGCUCAUGAAUCGAGUUCUCCUUUUGACUACAGAAAUUUUUAGAAAACAGCUGGAUCCUUUUCCUCCCAGGGCUGUUCAGUCACAUGGUUUGGAUUGCACUGAUAUUAAAGAUUCAAUUGGCUCUGUCAGUAAAACCCCUAGUGGUUUAUAUGUAAUCUUUCCAGAAGGAUCUGGCUACCCAUUUGAGGUGACAUGUGACAUGGAUUUCAGAGGAGGAGGAUGGACUGUACUUCAGAGAAGGCUCGAUGGGACAACCAACUUCCAAAGGCUGUGGUGUGAUUACCUGGAUGGAUUUGGAGACCUUUUAGGAGAAUUUUGGUUAGGACUGAAAAAGAUUUUUUACAUAGUGAACCAGAAAGAUUCAAGUUUUAUGCUUCAUGUGGCCCUGGAAUCUGAAGAUGGCACCCUUGGUUAUGCUUCAUAUGAUAAUUUUUGGCUAGAGGAUGAAACAAAAUUUUUUAAAAUACACUUAGGACGAUAUUCAGGAAAUGUUGGUGAUGCAUUCCGGGGCUUCAGAGAAGAUGAUAAUCAGAACACAAUGCCUUUCAGUACCUCAGAUGUUGAUAAUGAUGGGUGUCGCCCUGAUUGCCUGCUCAAUAGUCAGUCAGUGAAGAGCUGCAGUCACUUGCAUAAAGACACCGGCUGGUGGUUCAACCAAUGCGGUCUCACAAACCUAAAUGGCAUCCAUCGCAGUCCUGGCAAACUGGGUGCAACUGGAAUUCAGUGGGGCACAUGGAUCAAAAACAGCUCAACUGUCAAGAUUAAAUCUGUUUCAAUGAAAAUUAGAAGAACUUACAAUCCAAAUUUUAAGUAAUUGUAUUUUAAAUUGUAGUACAAUUUCCAUAGUUAUUUUUGAAAACAUGUUAAUUUUUUUACAUAGUUUUUUUUAUCCUAGAGUUUAAUAUUUUAGCUACAAGAUGCAUAUAGAUGGCAUGUUAGUGUUAUGGUUUAAUUAGUAAACUUCAAUUUUGUAGCAUUUUAUAAAAGCAAUCAUGGCACAUCAUGGUGUAUUUCCUAUUUGAUUAUACUAAUAUCAUGUGAUUGUUUGCAAGUUGCAUAGUGUUUUAAAAGGAAAUUGCCUUCUCUUUUGAGCAUAUAAAUUAUAGUAAGCUAUUAGGAAAACUGAGGAGAGAAUCUUAAAUACUUCUAUAUCCCUAUGCUUGCUUAUGUAAUUUACAGAUAGUCUCUGCUGAAGACAACACCACAAGGUUAAAAUUUUUAUCAAGUGAUAACACAAUAUUUUAAAACUAGUAAGAAUUUGCUGCUAAAAUAAAAUCCUUCA